CCGUAGCUAACGCGGCGGGAUUGACUUGAAGGAGCGUCACAACAAACUAGCAUGUACUUUGACUUUGUUUUUGAAACAACGAAUGAGAAUUGACAGCACUAUACAAAACACACUACGAGGGUCCGGUGGAAUAAUUUCUCCGUGUAGAAGAUGUGCUCUCUGGCUCUUUUCCCCCCUCCGUUGCCCUACGGACAGACCACUGUGUGCGAGUCCAACAACGAGUUGCUGUCGGGGAGCAGCACUGAAGACCAGCUGAAGCAGGACUUUAGUCCUCCUAGUCUGUCUUUCCCUCGAGAGUCUCUGAAACUUCACAGUCGGACAGAAAACAGCAGCAAGGCAGCUUUCCUGGACCACUCGGAAACCCUGUGGAUGAGGAGUGCAGCAGCAUGGAGGGAUGGCGGUUUGACAGGGUUACUGAAUGAAAUCACCAACUCCCACCCACAGGUGCCCAAAUGGUUUUCAAUGAGUUCUGGUUGUAUCCUGGCAUUGCUCCGAUGGGUCUCUUCUUUUCAUGGCUCCCUGUUUCCUCAUCUCACAUUGAGCAGUGAAGACAUGAUUGCUGAAUUUUCACAAGUGCUGAACUGUCCCAGGGUUUGGGAGACCAGAAUGUGGACUUGUGAGCGCUGGCCAUGUAUAAAAGGGCGCUGCCAGUCUGGUUGUUGGAGUCCAGAUGGGAGUCGACUUCUCUUCACUGUGCAGGGCGAGACGGUCAUCUACGCUCUGACCUUCACUAACACACCAGCCGUGCCUUCAGGCACAUCAAAAGGGCCGCAUGCAGCAGUUGUGGUGGCUGACCUGUCAGAGACAACUUUUAACACACCAGAUGGAGACAUCGUUGUUGGUGGAGAGAUCCAGUCCUUAGCCUGGGAUCCGAGGGGAGAGAGGCUUGCAGUGCUUCUUAAAGGUGAUCCACGGGCAGCAGACCGGNNNNAUGUGGUUGAUAUGUUUUUCUUGCUCAGUGGUUUUGUUCAAGGUGAGCCAGGAGCCGAACCGAGACUGAUGCAGUUCCACCCAAAUUUCCGACACGGAGCUCUGCUCACUGUGUGCUGGUCCAGUGGAAGAAUUACCCAUGUGCCUUUCUAUUUCCUGAGUGCCAGCAUCCCGCGUUUGGGCCCCAGCGGCAGUCCGACACUGCCUCACGUCCAGGAAAGGCCCGCCGACUUUGCCAAUCAGUCUCUCUUUACAGAGCUCAUUUCCUGACUGCCCUCCACCCACCAUCACACGGUCACUCAUCAUGUUUUGUUGUGGAUUGUUAAUAAAUAUGUUGAAAGUGCUAAA